AUGAGCACAGCAACAAGUACAGAACAACUUCCAAAAGGUACCAUUAGAUCAAUUGGUGGAGCUACCUUUGUCUAUGAAACAACAACUGAAAACUCAAACGAAACAGUUCAAAUUGCCAUUGAUCCAAUGCUUUGUCCACAAGGUCAUGUCUUUGAUUUUGGUUUGUUCAAAUCAGAGCGUUUGAAUGCUCCUUCUCUCAAAGGUGAAAAUGAUUUGACCAAUAUUGAUUUGUGGCUUCUCACUCAUGGACACGAAGAUCACGUAGACAGAUAUGGCUUGGAAAAGAUUUUGAAAGGAAAUCCAAAAUCUAUUAUCGUUGCUCAUCCAGGUGUUCAAUUCCUAUUGACUCAAAUAUUCAAACAUGAGGAUAUCACAUUUGAUGGCAGAGUUGUUCAUUGGAUGAAUCCUCAACAAGAUUUGGAACUUCAAGUUAAAGGGUUGACCAUUUCCAUCCAUUCAGUGAAUGCAAUCCAUGGACAAAAUGAAGAAUUUGGCAAUAUUACAAUGGGUAAUGCUAAUGGUUACAUUGUCAAAAUUAAGGAAAAUCAAACUAAGUUUUAUGUCACUGGAGAUUCAGUCUUUAAUGAGAGAAACAUUGCCAAAGAUGUGGAUGAAUUGACAAGAGAACAAUUUGAUUUUGUAAUUACUAAUGGAGGAGAAGCAUCAUUGAAGAAAACACCAUUUGUUGGUGAUAUUUCCACUAAUGUUAUUGGAAACAUUACCAACAAUUCUCAAAAUAUCAUUGAGCUCCAUAAGAAAUUAGUUCCAAAGCAAACUCUAAUUGUUCAUCAUGGAACUCUCUCACAUUAUGAUGAAAUUUUGGGCAGGGAUUCAUUUGCUCAUGUUUCUGCAGAUAUUAUUCCUCUAUUCCCUGGUGAUAUUCAUCAAACUUUGUAA